AUGGACGCGUGCAAAACUCGCCAGAGAAUCCUGGACGAGGAGCAGGUUGUGGAGGUUGGAAAUUCGAUGGGGAUGACUCGAGAACGCGGAGUUGUGAGAUGGAAGGAAAAUCAAUUAUUUGAGAGAUGUAGAAAUUUCUUGAUGCUGGAUAUUUCUUCAAGAUGCCGUAAAAUACCCUUUUCAGCUUCCUCGACGGAUAAUCGUAAUUCGUUUGAGUCCAGCAAUGGCUCAAACAGAGCAUCGAACCUCCAUCGCCAAGCUAGCAACCUAAUUCUGUCAUUCCCCAAGACGUCGUUUAUCGAAAACACUCUUUCUAUACCUAUCUCUAUCGGAUGCGAGUACGAAGAUUUGCACGUCGUCGGGUUAAUGGAUGUCUUACCGUUCCAGUCAAAUCAAAGUUUGGCAACUGAAGCAAAAAGCCUCGGCCGAACCUACCAUAGUGUGUCUUUCACCAACCUCUUUUUGAAUUCCUUCAAGGAUGACAUUAAGAGGUUAGAUACUUGCCUGCUCAGCCUUUUUUGCCACAAAUACAGAUAUGAGCGGAAAAACCUUAACUUCAUAAGUGUGCCUCUAGUCGAUCAAUCUCGAGUCGAGUUCGUCGAUUGUAUGGGAGAAACACACGAUUCCGUACAAAACCUAGUGUGUGACUGGUGGCUAGGCGGACCUCUGUUGCAACAUCCGUCAAUAAUUUUUCGGCUUCCUCUAGAGCUGAUUGUGGCCAGAUAUAAGUUCAGCCUCGUAGAGUGCGGCCUAGUCGAAAGUGAAUUCGGAAGGAAAGAGUUCGGAAGGUAUGGAUUCGGAUGGAAGGAGUUUGGAAGGAAGCGGUUCGGAAAGAGUGGCUUUCCCGCUCAUAAAAUCUUCCUAAGUUAUCACCUCGAUAACCAUCUCUGA